UUAAGAUCGUCUUCUUCCUCGCCUCCGUCUAAACCCUCUCUGUACCAAUUGCAACAGUGACAAUGGAAUGGCUUCUUCUCUCUUUCAAACCCUAAUUCCUGAAUCCACCAUUGUGUUGUUAUUCUCAAUUACCUUAGGAUGAGGCUCUUCUCCUCCUCAACUUUCUCGCUUUCUUCUCUCUGUUCUUCUUCUCCACCGCGCACCCUCUUGCUUCACUUUUCUCAAUUUUCAGCUUCUUUUUCUUCCAGUAAUUACUCUUUCCCUUCCUCAUCUUCUUCUAGGCGCCACGACGAAGAGUCUCGAUAUGUCAGGGUUUCCGUUUGGUGGGACUUCGAGAAUUGCAACAUUCCUGCUGGUGUUAACGUGUUUAAGGUCGCCCAUUUGAUCACUGCCGCUGUCAGGGCCAAUGGUAUCAAAGGUCCGGUUCAAAUUACUGCUUUCGGUGACAUUUUGCAGCUCUCAAGGACCAACCAGGAGGCUCUCUCGUCUACUGGAAUUAGCCUUACCCACAUUCCUCAAGGUGGUAAAAACAGUGCUGAUAGGUCUCUUCUUGUAGAUCUCAUGUGUUGGGUUUCACAAAAUCCUCCACCAGCACAUCUUUUUCUAAUUUCUGGUGACAGGGACUUCGCCAGCAUUUUGCACCGCUUAAGAAUGAAUAACUACAAUGUGUUGCUAGCAAGCCCUGAAAGUGCUCCUGGUGUUUUAUGCAGUGCUGCAAGCAUCAUGUGGCAUUGGAAUGCUUUGGUUAAAGGGGAAAAUCUAGUCGGAAGGCAUUUUAAUCAACCACCUGAUGGACCGUAUGGUUCUUGGUAUGGCCAUUAUAAAGUUCCUCUUGAAGACCCAUUUCCAGUUAAUGAGCAAGUAUCUUCUAUUAGAUCCGAGGAGGUUUCUGAGAUCAGUUCAGAUCCUAAGCCUCUUCCCAUUCCAAGGGCAGUCAUUAGGGAAAUACGUUACAUUUUGAAAUUAUAUCCAAAAGGAAUCUCCAUUACAGAUCUCCGAUCAGAGUUGGGAAAGAGUAAAAUAUCUAUAGAUAGGGACUAUUAUGGUUACAAAAAGUUUUCACGCUUUCUAUUGUCAAUGCCACAUACUUUAAAGCUUCAAACAAAUGGUGAUGGCCAAUUGAUCGUCCGAAUUGUCACUCCAAGGACCAUAGAGCCAUUCGAGUCCAGUAGAGGUACAUCUGAUAAUGGCACUGAAGAGCAGGAUCGUAAUCUGAUUGCAAAGUUAAACAAUAACGGUUCCUCACCAGAAUCGACGAGUGUACCACUCGUUCGAUCUAGUGAACUAAAUGCUCAAGACAGGCCAGAGAAGGUGCAACCAUCUUAUGAAUUAGUUAAGUCUACUGGUGAAGCUAUGGGAGGGGAACCAUCAACAUGGCCGGUCUCUGAGCCACAUGUUAUGGAAGAUUCAAAGCAGACUAGUAAAUUUGAAGCUGACAAUAAUAUGAUUCCCUCAAUUGGACAGCAUUCUGAGGCCAAGACGGGGUUUUUUAGAAGAAUAUGGAGAAGGUUUGUUGUAGGUAGCAAAGACCAUAAUUCUGAAAAUGGAAGUCAUCACAUUUCUGAAAAAUGUUCCACAUCAGAUGAUGCUUCUAAGCAGAAAAGUUGUGGCCAUGUGACGAAUUAUUCUAAUCAGAACCUUGGAGAAGCAAAAAGUGAAGGAAAAACUGUAAAGCCAAUGAGUCAAGAUGCUAAUUCAGUGCAUCCAGUUUCAAAUUCAGCUGAUCGUGAGCCUGCUAAGCUUCAAAAAACAGCUGUAGUUGCUAGUGCAUAUGAUGAUAAAUCAAGAUCUAGGCCAGGAGUACUUAGUAGCAUUAGAAAUUGGUUCAAGAUUCGGGAAAAUGAUACUGAGACUGGUAAAGAAAGCGAGCAGUGUUGCGAACAGAACCAGUUAAAAAAUGAAUGUGGGAAACACCAACUUUUUUCCAGCAGUUCUUUUUGGCAGGACAUGCAAUCCUUUAUUGAAACACCUAAAGGAGUGGAGCUCAUUUUGCAGUCAAAAACCAGGUCAGAGAUGGCUCAGAAACUGCUAGAGGAAGGACCUUUGGUUCUUAAAUCCUUAAGCACUAGCGAGCUCUUCGACUUUAUAGAAUCGUUAAUAUCAGAUAAGAAAUGGCUCGUGGAAUGCCCCUCUGAAACAAAUCCUUUCAAGGUCACUCUCUCUACUGCUGAGAAAAGCUCUUGCACGAAACCCCUGCAUCGUGCAAAUGGGUUGACAUCAAUCUUUAUGAACAGAGUAUCACAGCCCAGUUUACAGGGAUCUUCAGAACAUGAUUCAGAUUCAGAUAAGAAAAAUGAAAAUGUUCCUCAAGCUGGAAUUUCUACCACUAUGACUAAAAGCAAGUUUCCAGAGAGGACAAGAAGCGAAAUAUUAUGCGACUGUCAAAAUCUUGUGGACGAAAUCUUGAGAGAACACCCAGAAGGAUAUAAUAUGGGGGCUUUCAGAAAACUGUUUCUUGAGAAGUACGGAUAUCAUCUUGACUUGCAGAAGCUUGGUUACCCAAAGUUGGCAUCCCUGCUACAGAUAAUGCCAGGAGUGAUAAUAGAAUCCACUUUUAUAGUUCCCACCGGUAAGGUCCCAAAGGUUUCCCAUGUUGUAGCGAACUCUGAUAACGAAUCAUCUGACCUGCCUCGAAAGGAUGAUGAUUUUGAGUCAACAUGGGAAGAAUUAGGUCCAGCAUUCACAGAUUGCAGGAGCAGAAACGAAGAUGAAUCGACAUCGAGUAGCGAAACAGCAGAAGCAACAGAAAAACGACCAAAAGUUUGUUAUGAACCUGUGGUUUUAGAGGAUGAAUCAUCAACAGAGUCUGAUGGAGAGUCUUGUCCUACUACACAGAGAUCAGAAGAGCAAGCAAAGCCACAAACAAAUAAGGAAGAAAGCCCAUUACUACAGAUCCUUGAUUCAUGGUAUGGCAACAAAGAAGACAAUAGUAGGAAAAACAAGUCAGAAAACAGCGACGAGAUGAACGAUUGUUUUGAAAAUAGUUUGAAGGUCUCUAGUUUAACAGCCAAAAAUGAAGCAAAUACAGGAAGCUUUGCUCGUAAGCAUAGACAUCAAAAGAGCUAUUCUUUUGUUUUAGACACGGAUGAAAAUGACAAGGAAAAGCUGAUUGAUGGGAUUUUGGGUACCUUGAAGAAAUCGAGCGAGUCGCGGGUACAUGACUGAGUUGGUUCCGACC